CGCUGCACUGUCCCGCAAGAUUCCCUUGUCCAAAGCUAUUAUCACCAUCCACAAUGAAAGCCUCACACUUUGUUGCAUUCAUUCCCACCGCCGGACUGGUCGCAGGGAUGCCCCAUCAAGCCCGCGACCUCUGCGCCGGACUUCCCACCACCGGAGUGCUCAGCGCCGCCACCAACCUGCUCUGUGAGAAGAUCACCUUGACCAACUCAGGUUGCUCAGUGAGCGUGAAGUUCCCCUGGGAUCUACCAAAGAGUUCCUUUACCUUGGAGGAUGAUACCUCGAAGACCUUCCUCGCUCAGCGCGGCCAGACGAUCCAGCUGAACGCCCAGCCAAAAACCGACCACUCCGCCGCCACCUGGACAGGGACCAGCGGGGGAACCAACCCCACGACUUACAAAGUACCCCUGGUGGGCGAUCUCCCAGAUAUCAAGGUGUCGUGUCCUGAGACUUGUGUGGCGACGGACAAGAUUUGUGAUAUCAAUGAUCCAGGGAUGUGUUGUUCGCGGACUUGUGGGGUUAAGCCUCAGAUUGGGCCUGGAUAUUUCUGUUAUUAGUUUGAGAAGGACGUCGGGAGGGGCUAAGAGUACUUUUUAGAAUCGGUAGCGCCAGGAGAGGUUCAUUCGUGGUAGUUAGAGAGAUAGUAGUGGCUGUGAAAUGAUCUUCAGUCUGGUUGUCUUAUUGUCUUCUACAUGCACAGUUGGCCCCAUUUUGCGUGUGACCUACCGAUUCGAAUGCCUACAGUUGAAUGCUGACGCCAAGCCAGAAGAACGAUUUGUGGUCAUCUCAAGAAUCGGUUUAUGGAGGGGAUGAAAGAGUAGAAAAUAGUACGGUUUCUUUUUUACCUGCAAGAGUUGCUGUCUUUGCUGUUCUGUUAUAGUCUCCCUUGUUUGACUCUGCUUUCGUGGUGCUCCAACUCAUUCAGACUGCUAGCCUGUGUAUUAGUGUUUCGGGGUUAGCCUUUCGCGCUGAUUCUUGUUACCAAAUCGUGAGAUAUGCAGCACCAGUGAAGAGGCG